CGGCGCCCUUUCAGUCAGAGCACUUUUUGUUGUUUUGCCGGCUUUGUGCAAGUUGUGGGAGUGAUAAGCAUCUUUUUCUGUGCAGUAAAGCGCCGGCCGAUUGGUACCUUGCGUUCCGCGAUAGUUUUCCUUGCAGUUAUUACUCAUCCAUUUUGCUAAAUUAGAUUACUGGAGAAAUUAGAUUACAUUAUCGGUGCAGACACAUAAUUCAGUACAGUGCUGAGGUUGAACAAUACAGGAGAGUUGAUUUUUGAUCUCAAAGCCUCGAAUCCAUCGUCAUCGUAUCCAACAAUGACCACUUGGCUGCCAUUGGAAUCGAAUCCGGAGGUGCUGAACAAAUACCUCGGACAACUGGGCGUUUCCCCACUCUGGAAUGUCGUCGAUAUCUACGGUACCGAUGAGGAGCUGCUGGCUUUCGUUCCGCAGCCGCUCAAAUCGUUGAUUUUCCUUUUUCCUUGCUCGGAUGCGUACGAGGAAUACCGUGCCAAGGAGGAUGCCGAGCUGAAAGCCAAGAACAUCGAGCACCCGAAAAGUUUGUUCUACAUGCGCCAGUACGUGCACAAUGCCUGCGGAACGAUUGCCCUGGUGCACGCCGUGCUGAACAAUCCGGACAUCGAACUGGAGGAGGGCAGCGUGAUCAAGAAGUACUGGGAUGCCGCUAAGGACAAAACCCCCGAGGAACGUGGCAAGCUGCUGGAGAAUGAUGCUACAUUUACCGAGACGCACGAGGUCAUUGCCAACGAGGGCCAAACGGCCGCGCCGGACAUAAACGAGAAGGUUUACCACCACUUCAUUGCGUUCGUUCAUCACGAAGGCAAGCUGUACGAACUGGACGGGCGGAAGAGCUUCCCCAUUCAGCAUGGGGAAACCAGCCCGGAAAAGCUGCUGUAUGACGCGAUUGCCGUUUGCCAGCAGUACAUUGCACGCGACCCGAAGGAAGUCCGCUUCACCAUGAUGGGACUGGUUCCAACGCAGUAGGCUGUGAACGCCAAUCAUUGAGCAUUCGAGAAGAAGAAGAAUUCUGCAUGCAACGCUUGCUUAGCUUGUACCGCAACGUGGCCAUCAAUCGAAAAGGAUCUCCAAGAGACUGCAAGAAUUAGAGGAAAAAGGUAAUUGCUUUAUUGAAAUGAAUGCCGGACUUAUAGCAUAGGAAUCUGGCAAAACUAACUUCUCUAGGAAUAUUUGUUGCUUUUGUGUAAGUCAACGUUUUACAGGGGUGAAACCCCGCUUUUUUGGUGUGAACAUUGCACUAACAAGAAAUAAAUUUUGAUAUGUACUUGUAUGCAAACGA